UUAUUACCUUCUCUUCCCGAGAAACAGAGUCUUGCAGAGAAAGAACAAACAAGAAAGAAGCAGCAAAUGGAUUCAAAGAAAAACAAUUCACCAAGAAAAAGGUUGAGAAAAUAUCAUACUAGAAAAGCUCCUUUUAUUAGCUCUUAUAUAGACAUGGCUGAAGCUAGAAGAGAAAUCGUUCAUGCUUUACAACUUCAUCGAUCUUCAUCUUCAUCGCCAACUCCGUCUAUUAAUAACCCAAAGAAGUACACAUUAUUGGGUCAAAGAGCAGUAAGCUCUCAACAAUAUUACUAUUACUCAAUAGUGGAGUCUAUGCCUAUUCCUGAACCAACAUGGUCUACAACGGCUCCGGCAAUACUUACUACACUGCCACCGCUGCCGCCCCCGCCACCUCCGCCUCUGCCUUUUUCUUCCGGUGAAGUUCCAGAGUUUGAAUGGUGGAUAGGGUUUUUGAAGUCGUUGGAUUGCAAGAAGAGUGCGAGCAAUGGUGAAGUAGUCAUAGAAAAAUAUUUUCCUCUAGAGGAAAAUGUUUUGAUGGAAAAUCCAAAGGCAGGUUUUGGCCAAUUAGAACAUGGAUUAAACAGUGAGUCUCCUAAUUGUAUAGAUAAGAAUGAUGAUCCUAAUUACCAAUUUCCAGAUGAGUGGUUGAUUAUACCUACAGCUGAUGAUGAUUAUGUACUUGAGCUUUAAUUAAGUUAACUUUUUGUGGCAAC